AUGGAUAAUAUCGAUGAGCUGAAUUCUUCAGCCACGCCAAACCAGCUGGACUUGCUCAUGACAAUGCACAUGGAAAAGCCGCCCGAGUUUUACGACGGUAUGUGCAGGGAGUUCGCCAACCUGAGGCCCACCGGGUUCGGAGGCGGAGCUUGCCCCUCUAACACCACCGAUAUGGAUAACGUCGUGAGCAGCUUCACGGACAAUAGCACUAGCGUUAGCCCGCAUUUCAUCACUCCCUACUCGUUCCAAAACCUACCCCCGCCAUUCUCGACCCCGUUCCUGCUCCAUCAAUCAACCCCACAAGCACCGCCCCAAAGCGCGGCGCCCAACAGUUCGCAAGCGCCGUCGAUGGAGGCGAUGAGGGAGAUGAUAUUCAGGAUCGCGGCGAUGCAGCCAGUGCACAUAGACCCAGAGUCGGUGAAGCCGCUGAGGAGGAGGAACGUGAGGAUAUCGAAGGACCCGCAGAGCGUGGCGGCACGGCACCGGCGGGAGCGGAUAAGCGAGCGGAUUAGGAUCCUGCAGCGGCUCGUGCCGGGCGGGACCAAGAUGGACACAGCGUCGAUGCUGGACGAGGCCAUCCACUACAUGAAGUUCCUGAAGGACCAAGUGCAAUCUCUCGAGCGAGCCUCGUUGGACAGCAGCGGCGGGGCUCGUAACGGGGCAAAAUUCCCUGUGGCCGGGUCGGAUGGGAAUUACAGUGCUCCGGCGUACCAGCUUUCGCAUUGUGAUGCUAAUUCGGGAUAUGGAGAUGAUGUUUAG